CACUGAUAAAUGAUAAUAUUAGAAAAACAAAAAUUUAAUUUAAUAAAAUCAGAAUUCAGACUUAUGUAGUCUGUUACUUGUAAGAAUGUUUUAUGUUUUUAUGUAAGUACUUGAGGUUGUGUAACAGAAUAGAAUAAAUUUGGUUUAAUAUAGAUAAUCUGUGACAAUUGCAAUGAUACAGUAUAUGUUUACAGUUUUAUGAAAUUUUCAAAACUAUGUCUCGAAAUCAAAUAACUGUACAUCCAGUUGAUGGACAUCAAGAAAAAGGAGCAAAGAACAUUUUGGGUCAUGUACCACAUUAUUAUUUGCCAGGUUUAAAUACAUAUUCACUGAGUAGUAUCAAAAACAGCAAUGAAGCUAUUCAGUAUUAUUCUGCACCUGAUCGUUUCAAUCUACCAGUACCAUGUAUUACAUUUACAGACAUCGACCCAAAAAUUAAUGCAGUUUUGGACAUGGUUAAUUUAAAAAUACAAUGGAAACGAGAAAAUGAACGGUUACUAGGAUUAUGCAAAAAAAAAUUAAGUAUUGAUACUUUGAAUUCCAUAAAAACAACUUUAAGUUCAAAAAAAUCAACUAUAUAUUCAAAAAUGCCAUAUGUUUUAACUUGUUUUACUUCAAAUUUGAUGAAAAAUCCUGAUCAAUAUUUUGAUUCUGAAUAUAAUUGGUAUUUCGGUAAUACUAUUGAAAAAUUUAAAAUUAAUGGAAAAUGGGCAUUAGCUUGUGCCAGAGAAGUAAACCUUGAUACUUUAGAUAUUAUAUCGAUUUGUGAUAAUAAAUUUGAAUUAAUUCAAAGUAAGAAAGACAAGCAUUUUAAAGGUCCAAUUUUUGACAUAAAAUCUUCAACUUUAAAUGAUUUAAUGAUUCGUCAAAAAACCAAAUUAUUUAUAUUUUGGAAUAAUUCUGAUUCAGAAUUUAUGUUAAAUAACAAUUCAGUUUAUGAUAACUGUGAUAUACCGUUUACUGAUGCUGAUGUGAUAGCUAAUAAUUUUUGUACUGCCGAUGUGAAACAUUUUAUUAAAUUAUGGAAAGAUGGAAAUUGUACUCAAGACAAAUAUUUUGACGUGGUAUAUGAUCAAACUGAUUCUUUUAUACAUUUAAGUUAUUUACAAAAUGAAUCUAAUUUAGUUGGCGUUAUCAAUAGACAAAAAUUCUACUUAAUAGAUGCUCGAGUUGAUAUUUCUAAACCUUGCUCUAUUUAUGAUCCAACUACUAUUAUAGAACCAUGUGAAGAAUUAAUUACAUUAAAAAGUAGUUAUUUAAAUAAUCAUAGUAUUUAUGUGACUUCCAACCAUUCAGUUUUAACGUUUGAUAAUAGAAUGGGAUUUGUAAGUAAAUCAUAUCAUAUGCUUUCAAAUCCUCCAUCUCUAAUUAAUAUACAUCGUUAUGAAAACAACUUUGAUUCAUGUGAAAUAUUGUUUUUGGGAAACCAAAUAGGUGAAAGUCUUGUUUCUUUACCUUACACUUCAUAUCCAGAUGACUUUCUAUUGUGUCAAAGUAUUGCAGCAUCAAUUCCAAAUCCAUUACAAUCAUUGCAUAAUGUUCAACUUCAAGGGCAUUGCUUAAAUCCAAUAUUAUUUGAUAGAUUUUCACGGUGUUUAACUGGUAUUACUGUUAUUGGUGAAAAUAUUAAAGAUUUAAAACUAUAUAGUAUUAAUUCUGCUGGAGAUUUGUUUGUUCAAAAAGUAAAUGAUAAUACACCAAUAGAUGUUACUGAAUUUAAUAAAAAUGUUACAAUAAAAUCUCAAACUCUUCCAAAGUUAAAUUAUUCAUGUAUAUUUAAUAUGAGUAAUCUUUGGAAAUUAGAACCACCUGUCAUACAUGAGGAAAUUAAUAUUAAAAAAAAUAAUUUUUGGAGUAUGUCAAAAGAAAAAAUGUUAUCAUAUGUAGAUCAUCUAGCUCCUAUAAUACUAUCCCCAUGGGAUAUAGAUGACUUAUCUGAAUGGGAGAAUGAAGAUGAGAAUGCUGAUGUUAAUGACGAUUCUGAUUGUGACUAUGCGACUAAAGUUAACUUUUGGUUCAAUAAAAAUGACACAUUGUUGGGGUCAACAGAAACUUCAGAACCAAUAAAUGAUAAUCCACCAAUUAAUAUGUUAUCUCAAGCUUCUACUUCAAAAACUGUUCCUUCAUCAGAAAAUGAUGAUGAUUCCAGUUCAGGUUUUACAGUUUCUUUAAAAUCUAUAGACAGUCAAUUAUCAUCCUAGUUAUUUAAUAAGUACCUAUGUUUAACUGUAAUUAGUAAA